AUGGGCGUGUCGAAGGCCCCAGAGGCGGCAAUGCCUCCACAUGAGGCAUGCUACACGACCUCGUACCUCUGCUUGUUCGAGGCCAUAAGUCCGUAUAUGUGGUCAUACAUGGGCAUCGCGAUUGCGCUGGGAAUUUCCGUUCUAGGUGCCGCAUGGGGUAUCUUCUUGACUGGGUCAAGCAUCGUGGGCGCGGGCAUUAAGGCGCCACGCAUCAGCUCUAAGAACUUGGUGAGCAUCAUUUUCUGUGAAGCCGUUGCCAUCUACGGGGUCAUCAUUGCAAUCAUCAUGGCCAACAAAAUCGAGGGCUCUGAAAUUUUUGACGUGCCAUCCCAGCCCAAGGGUUGGCAGGCGCAGACAAUGGUGGCAGGCUGGUGCAUGUUCUGUGUUGGCUUGUCCGUGGGCUUGUCGAACCUGUUCUGCGGUAUCUGCGUUGGUGUGUCUGGAAGCGGGUGUGCUUUGGGCGAUGCCCAGCGGCCAGAGCUGUUUGUCAAGAUGUUGAUUGUCGAGAUUUUUGGCAGUGCUUUGGGGCUGUUUGGUGUUAUCGUCGGUAUUAUUCAGGCGAAUGGGGCGACGUCAUGGAACCAGUGGUGCGAACAGUUUCUAGAGGACUACGGUACAUUGCUGUCCUUCGUGCGGGCGCCCUGGCAUUUUGCCGGCCAGCACUUGACACAGAUGCCUUCGCGACCGAGCUUUGGCUUCGCGGCGAUGGACACGCCGCGAGAGGACAAGCCGAUUCCCCUUCAGCGCUCCAAAACCGAACAGGAUCUGGCGCAGCGAGUGCCAUCCAAAAAAAGAGAGGCGGAGGCAGCAGGAUUGAUUGAUGGGUGUGACGGAGUGGCUGAUGGCAUCGCGAAAUCAUCCACCAUAGUCUAG